UGUCUCCACUGCUCGCUCAUAUUUAUGCAUUAGACGUUUCUGCAGUGAGCCGCUGGAUAUUGAUGUGUUUUAAGGAGGUGUCCCCAGUCCUCCCCUCCCCUCCCUUCCUCUCUCUCUCCUCCUCGCCUCCUCCGUGCUGCUGAUCCGCGGGGUCUCGGUGCGCUCAGACGCGCUCGGCGUUCAGACUCGUAAGGACCCCGAUGGCCCCCAACCACAGGGACUGCGCUAACCAGACGACCAUCCCCGGCUUCCAGCUCCCCUAGCGAAGGCAGGACCCCGAGAGCCUGCUCCUGGAAUACCGCAUUGUUUUAUAAUUUCCAACAAGAGAGUGGAAGGUGAUGAUGCUGAUGAUGCGCCCGCGAUGGUGGAUUUCCCUUUUGUGCGUCUGUGGAUUGAUGCACGUCGGUCACCAGAGCAGCCCUAAUGCCCAAAAUGGAGACGCCUUGUCGAGCUUGAAGGCUCUUCGUGAUGCGGGCAGGUUUGUCGGGAAGGAGGACACGGUGCCUCUCCGCCUGCUCUACAGCAGACACAACCACAGCCAGAUCACAGAGGAUGAGCUCAGCACCAGGGUGAAAGCCAGCGCCGGCUCCACACAGGUGAACCAUGUGGCCCAAGCAAGCUUUCAAGUCGAUGCUUUUGGCAGAAAAUUCAUCUUGGAUGUGGAACUGAAUCAUGAUCUGCUGUCUUCGGGGUAUGUGGAGAGGCAUUUGUCAGAAAAAGGGAAGAGCGUCGUUACCAGCGGAGGAGAGCACUGCUACUAUCAGGGGAAGGUCAGAGACAUCCCUCACUCCUUCGUGGCUGUCUCAACCUGCCAUGGUUUGCAUGGGAUGUUUUUCGAUGGCAAUCACACCUACAUGAUUGAACCCGGAGGACAGGGCGGCAGCAGUGGAGAUGUCGGCAUUCACAUGAUAUAUAAAUCUGCAGGGCACGAGGGGUUAAAUGAUCUCCUCGAUGGUGAUCUUCCAGAGCCACCGUUUCCCAGCCCUCCAUUUCCCGGGUCUAAAGUUGUUCACAGGAGAAAAAAGAGACAGGCUCCACGUGCGUCACACAGUGUAGAGGAUGAGACCAAAUACAUUGAGUUGAUGGUGAUCAAUGACCAUUUAAUGUACAAGAAGCAUCGGCUUUCCGUGGGGCACACGAAUAACUAUGCUAAGUCAGUGGUCAAUAUGGCUGACAUGAUUUUCAAGGAACAGCUCAAUACCCGGAUUGUGCUGGUCGCCAUGGAAACGUGGUCUGCCGACAACAAGUUCAACAUCGACGACGACCCCAUGGUGACGCUGAGGGAGUUCAUGAAGUACAGGAAAGACUUCAUCAAGGAGAAAUGCGACUCUGUUCACCUCUUCUCAGGGAAUCGUUUCCACAGCAGCUGGGGAGGAGCAUCCUAUAUGGGAGGAGUUUGCUCCUUGACUAAAGGAGGGGGAGUCAAUGAGUACGGGAAAACAGAUGAGAUGGCCAUAACCCUCGCUCAGUCUCUUGGACAGAACAUUGGCAUCUUCUCUGACAAGAAGAGGAUCCUCAAUGGCGAGUGCAAGUGUGACGAUCGUUGGUCGGGCUGUAUCAUGGAUGAUGUUGGUUUCUACCUGCCCAAGAGGUUCUCUGACUGCAACAUGGAGGAGUACCAUAACUUUCUGAACAGCGGAGGAGGAGCCUGUCUGUUCAACAAACCUCUGAAGCUGUUGGACCCUCCAGUGUGUGGAAAUGGGUUUGUGGAGCCAGGAGAGGAGUGUGACUGUGGCAGCCCGGCGGAGUGUGCCAAAGAGGGGGAGGCCUGCUGUAACAAGUGCACCCUGACCCAAGGCUCCAAGUGUAGCAACGGACUCUGCUGCAAGAGCUGCCAGAUGGAGUUCAUGGGAGUUGUGUGCAGAGAUGCAGUGAACGACUGCGACAUCCCAGAAAACUGCACAGGCAACUCCAGCCAGUGUCCACCAAAUGUGCACAAGAUGGACGGCUACACAUGUGAAAAGGACCAGGGUCGCUGCUUUAAUGGAAGAUGCAAAACCAAAGACAGACAGUGCAAGUACAUUUGGGGAGAGAAGGCAACAGCGGCCGACAAGUUCUGUUACGAGAAGUUAAACAUCGAAGGGACAGAGAAAGGCAACUGUGGGAAGGACAAGGACACCUGGAUCCAGUGUAACAAACAGGAUGUUCACUGUGGAUACCUGCUGUGCUCCAACAUCUCACCUGCCCCGCGACUGGGAGAGCUGCAGGGAGGGCUGACCUCCUUCUCAGUGGCCCGACACAGUGCUUCUCUUGACUGCAGCGGCGCUCAUGUGCUGAUUGACGGAGACACUGACCUGGGAUACGUCGAGGAUGGGACGGCCUGCGGGACAGACCGCAUCUGUUUCAAUCACAAAUGUCUCCCCGUCCAACAGUUCAACUUCAGCACCUGCCCCGGGACCACUGACAAGAGUGUCUGCUCUGGACAUGGGGUGUGCAGUAGUGAGCUGAAGUGUGUGUGUUACCUGGGCUGGGCAGGAGAGGACUGUAACUCCACAAAUCCUCUCAGUUAUCUCGUGGUCGGACCCACUGCCUCAGUUUCAGGUAUCACCAGUACCAACAUCAUCAUCGGGGCCAUCACAGGCUCCAUCCUCUUCCUCGCCCUCAUACUGGCUGUUACAGCCUGGUGUUACAAGAGCUACAAGCAGAGACGCUAUGUUGAGUCUGAAGUUCAUCGAAGAUUCUGCCGGCAAAUGCCCCCGGGUGACUAUGUAACAAAGCCUGGGGAUGCAGACUCAUUUUACAGUGACAUGCCUCCAGGUGUCAGCACAAACUCGGGCUGCAGCUCCAAGAAGAGAUCUAAUGGCCUAUCCCACUCAUGGAGCGAGAGAAUCCCAGAUGCCAAACACAUCUCUGACAUCUGUGAAAACGGGCGACCGAGGAGCAACUCGUGGCAAGGAAAUCUGAGCGGUAAUCGUAAGAAACUGAAAGGAAAGAAGUUCCGCGCUCGCUCCAACUCCACAGAGACACUAUCCCCUGCCAAGUCUCCCACUUCCUCUACUGGAUCUAUUGCAUCCAGCAGGAGAUACCCGUAUCCCAUGCCCCCGCUCCCCGAUGACCAGAGGAAAGCAAACAGGCAGAGCGCCAGGCUGUGGGAGACUUCAAUAUAACAGCCUCCUUACCCACUCUGUGAAAGACCUCGAGGAACUACACUUGUCUCUCCUUUUCUAUGAAUGAAAAACACAAAAAUGAAACAAAAUUGACUCUAAGCGAUUUAAGAGAAACAGAGAGAGAGCCCCCCCCACUGGAGCGGAAAUAGGCAAAGGCGUGUGUGAGUGAGUGUGUACAAGCAUCUCCGAGGCCGUCUCUCCAGGCGGUGUCAUUCAGUGGAUCUCUACAAGACGAUGCGGAUCGCCAGCGGAGAAACCAGCUCCACAUCCACUCCAGACCAGCUGGAGCUCAGACUGAGCUGUUCCUGUCUGCUCAGGCCGCAUCUAUGGGACUGGGACCCCAAUCCCC